AGGCUGCUACGUCGAAUGCUAAAGAAUCUGCCGGUUCAUCUGGUCCAACAAAUAAUAAUAGUUUCCCCGAGAUCACAGGCUCAAUGAAUUCAAGUUCAUCGCUUAGCGCACUGCAGUCAAACGUCCAGGGCGAGUGUGCCAGGAAUGCAGUGGUCCUAACAGAUAUAAAUUACUCCUAUGGCUCCAUAAAUUGGUUUUAUGAUAUCGCACAAGGGCUGUGCCGGAAAAUGCAAGCGGAACUUUCUGACGAGUAUAUGCAGCAAUUAGCCGAUAUAACGAAGCUAAAUUCAACUGAUUCAUUGCAAAGUAGCGCUGGCUAUUUCUUAAAGAAGCAGUCAAAACUAACAUUACUAGCUGUUCUAAUAUCUUAGUA